AAAAAAAAAACUUUGCUAAAAAAAAGGCAAAUAAAGGGUGGGUUGUAGGGGUGUGAUGGUAAUUUCGGUAGGGAGAAAAUCUCAAUAAUGAAAAAUUGGGAAGCCCUAGUUCAUAAAUUAAAGAUUAGUGUUAAUUAAUUAAGGUUAAUUAAAGUCAAACCUUAGAUGCGUCCUAGUGUGUCUAAUUACACUUCUUUGAGACGAGGGAAUUGACUUUGGUGCCUCAAAAGCAGCAUCAAGAGAGAAAGAGAGAGAAACUAAAAAGCAAAGAGUUCAGAGAGAGAUACCGAAUCUAAAUUGUUCUCAAAAAUGGGAAGAGAAGAUAUGAAAAUGGAUAUUGAUCUGUCCCUUAGAAUAGAUACUGAAAAUAAAGAAGAUACUGAACUAAAAGAAGAAGAAGCAGAAGAAGAAGAAGAAGAAGAAAAGGAAGCUAAAAAAGUUCAAGAAAUAAUGCAAGAAAACAACUGUCAAGAAGAUGAUGCACAAGAAACAAAUGAUUAUAAUGAAGCCACAGCAACUACAGGUGUAGCUGAAGGAGAAGUAGUUGAUGAUUCAUGCAUAGAAUUAUCUUUGCAAGAUACCACAAAGACAGAAGAGUUACCUGCUUUACAAAUGGAGAUAAGUAGAAUGAAAGAGGAGAAUGAAGUGUUGAGGAAAGUAGUAGAACAAACCAUGAAAGAUUACUAUGAUCUUCAAAUCAAAUUUGCAAUUGUCCAGCAAAAUACCCACAAGGAUCCACAUGUGUUUCUUCCCAUUAGAAAUAAUGAGAAAGAUCUUGAUCAAGAACCAAACUCAGUUCCAAAAUUUUUGGAUACCAAAACUAAUGAUCAAAGAUUUUUAUCACAUUUAUCAAUGAAUAAAAGGAUAGUUGAAGAAAGUGAAUUAGGGUUGUCAUUAAGGCUGCAAACUGAUCACUCAGAUCAACAAGAAAAAGAGGAAGACAAAGAAGAGAACAAGGAAGAAAAUGGAAACUACAUGCCGCCGUUCCCUUCGGUGCAAAAUAAACAUCCAAGAACUGAUCAUCAUCAGUUGGCUGCUGGAGUCACUAGUCCUGGUGCUUCUUUAGCCAACAGAAAAUCUAGGGUUUCAGUCAGAGCCAGAUGCCAAGGAGCAACAAUGAAUGAUGGUUGCCAGUGGAGAAAGUACGGGCAGAAAAUUGCCAAAGGCAAUCCUUGCCCCCGAGCCUACUAUCGUUGUACUGUGGCACCAGGAUGCCCAGUCAGGAAACAGGUGCAAAGAUGCCUAGAGGACAUGUCAAUCCUGAUAACAACUUAUGAAGGAACACAUAAUCAUCCACUACCUGUUGGUGCAACAGCCAUGGCAUCAACUGCCUCAGCAGCUGCUUCAUUCAUGUUACUCGAUUCAAGUAAUCCUUUCUCCGAUGGCAUUUCUAAUUUCACCCCACCAUCCAUCCCAUACCGCGGCGCAUCUCACGUGUUUUACCCUCACUCCUCGCCUUUCCGAAGCGUAAACCCUAAUGAUCCUUCUAAAGGGAUUGUUCUUGAUCUUACUAAUAAUUAUAGCACUCAUCAUGAUCAUCAGCCUCCGCCACAAUUCCCAUUAGCUAGCUCAUCAUCAUCAGCUCGGCCGGCAUUUUCUUGGUUGCAAGGCAUGAAGUCAUCAACUCACCAAAAUAAUGGCAAUAGUACUCACUUUACUAGCGCUAGGGUAGUAGAAGGAACAAAAUCACUGCUAGCUGAAAAUGUAACUGCUAUUGCUUCUGAUCCAAAGUUUAGGGUUGCUGUUGCGGCUGCUAUUACAUCACUCAUCAAUAAAGAAAAGGGUGGUGCACCUCCUUCUUUGGUUGCUAAUAAGGAAGCAGGAGAGGGUGGCAGCUCAUCUAGUAGCAAGAAUUGGGUUCUUGAUUCCCUCUCUGCAAAUGGUAAGCCAAUUAGAAACUCACCUUGAAAGGAAAAGAAUCUGUACAAUGAUCAUUUCUUCAUAAAAAAAAAAAAAAAAAAACUAACACAGAUUAUGUGAUAUUACUUAUAGUGUUCUACUCCAUUUUCUUAUCAUAUACCCAAUAAAAAACACAUCCCAAAAUUGUAAUUUCUUCAUGUCAAGAUCAUAGCUGGCUUUUAUUGCCUUCUGUAAGUACUUGAAUUUAAUAUAAUUCAAGAACAAGACACUUCUCACUUUUCA